UACUUAUCUAACGUUGUCCUCAUGUCUCUCAUUACCUUUCGUUCUUUUAAAGUUCUCUCUCUCUCUCUCUCUCUCUCUCUCUCUCUCUCUCUGUCUCUCUCCGCACAGGCAGGGCAGCAGGUCCCUCUCAUAUCCAUGGCACCGCAAACCCUGGAGAAGGUCUUUGACAAACUUGGCCACUUCGGACGAUUCCAAGCGACUGUCUAUUUCGUGGUCAACUUGCAGACUAUUGCGUGUGGGAUCCACUACCUGGCCUCGGUGUUCCUCGCUGCCACGCCAGAGUUUAUGUGCAGGCUGCCGGGCAACGUGACCACAAUCCUGGUGGCCAACAGGACGGACGACCCCGCGGCUCUGUGGGAUCUGUGGACGCCGGGGACCCAGCGGGUGGUGGGGCGGCUGGAGAACGGAGAGGUGUGGGAGGCGGAACAAUGCAGCCGCUACCAACGUCUCGGCAGCUCCGAGCUGGCCCACGCCUUCGCGGGCAACCGGUCGCGGUUCCCCUGCGCCGACGGCUUCAACUACGACCAGGGCCACAUCACCGACAGCAUCGUGACCGAGUGGGACCUGGUGUGUGAGCGGGCAUGGCUGGCUAAACUCACCCAGCCCAUCUUCAUGCUUGGAGUCUUGCUCGGAGCCGUCGUGUUCGGAGAUAUUGCAGACCGACUGGGUCGACGAUCGAUACUGUGGUUCACAAGUGUCUCUCAGUUUGUGUUUGGAGUCGCUGUAGCAUUCACCAACGACUAUUACAGCUUCAUCAUUGUUCGAUUCCUCCUGGCCCUGGUUGCCAGUGGCUACCUUGUGGUGGUCUUCGUCUAUGUGACUGAGUACACUGGGCUGAAGGCCCGGAGUUGGGCCUCCAUGCAUGUCCACGCCUAUUUCGCCAUCGGCAUCAUGGUGGUGGCCUUGGUGGGCUUCCUGGUGAGGAGCUGGCGGCUCUACCAGCUCAUCCUCUCCCUGGUGACCGCCCCCUUCAUCUUCUGCUGCUGGCUGCUGCCCGAGACUCCGUGGUGGCUGCUGGCCAACGGGCGGACGGAGGAGGUGCAGAAGCUGAUCGACAGGAUGGCCCGGUGGAACGGGGUGAAGAUGCCCUGCCACCUCUCCGUCCUGCAGAUGAACGGGCCCGAGGAGGCGGGCGACAAAGAAAUGACCAACAGUGACCACGUCGCCAAGGAAAAGAAAAUGAGCAUCCUGGACCUCUUCCGCACCUGUAACUUGGUGAAGAGGACCGUCACCGUUUGGCUGGUCUGGUUCACCGGUAGCCUCGGCUAUUACGUCAGCUCCUUGGGAUCGGUCAACCUGGGUGGAAACGAGUACCUCAACCUCUUCCUUGCAGGCGCUGUGGAGAUCCCAUCGUACAUCAUCGCUUGCAUUGUGAUGGAGAGACUGGGAAGAAGGAACACACUGGCUCCAUCCCUCUUCCUGACUGGCAUCGCCUGUAUCCUCAGCAUGAUCAUCCCACAGGACAUAGAGGUGCUGACCAUCACAGUCAGUAUGAUUGGGAAGUUUGCAAUCGCAGUUGCGUUUGGACUAAUAUACCUCUACACCGCUGAACUCUAUCCAACGAUAAUACGUUCGUUGGCUGUUGGCAGUGGGAGCAUGAUGGCCCGCGUUGGAAGUACAGUGGCUCCAUUCUGCGUUCUCCUUUCGUCUGUGUGGAUUUUUCUACCACAGCUGAUCGUGGGCAUCAUGGCUUUCUUGACCGGCCUCCUGACCCUGUUGCUGCCGGAGACGCUGGGCCGGCCCCUGACCCAGACCUUCGAGGAGGCGGAGGAACUCCAGAGGAAACUGAAGCAGGAGAAAGAGGCCUUGAAGCGCGGCGCGACCAACUCUGCCUCGGUCACGGUGAGGCUGGAGAAGCCAGACUUCACGCCCGACGGUGGGGACAAGCUAAAGGAAGAGCAGAAUCUAAUCGAACACUUAACAAGGUUGUAGACCACAUUGGGCCUUGAAACGUACGGGUCGAAGCUCGGGGGUUAAAAUCUCAAUCAUUCACUAACGUCUUAAAUCUGUGAAUUUGAUAACUAUACAACAUGGAAGGAUGUAAAGUAGACCCUAAGGUAAUUUUUUUGUAGUUUAUACCUUCUUCAGGUAAUGGAGGUCUGGGAUUCGUCUAUGAGAAAGCAAGAGAAUAAUUUCAUAAGAAUUAUAAUGUGUGUCGAUUGACAGCAAUUGAAAUUUAACUGCACAAUGAAUAUUGACUGAUGAUUUCAGUCCAUCUCAUAGCCUA